AUGUCACAACAUCAAGAUACAUUUGCUUCUAAAAAUACUAAGCCCACUCAAAAGGUUAGUGCUCCUUCCAUGGGCAUCCCUGAUGAUGAGAUUCUGGAUGUUGCUCCAUUCUCUGUUAUUCCUGGUGCGGACAUUGAUUUGAACCAACCCAUCUCCAUUGAUGCCUCCGAUGUUGCAUGCUCCAAUCAAGGUAACACCUCUAGUAUCCCUUCUGGUUCAACUCCUGUCGCUCACUCUAGGGAAGAUAAACACUACACUGAUCGUGUUAUAAGAGACCUAGUCACUAGAAUUAUUAAUGAAGGUCACCAUGUGAAGGGAGUUUCUACUCCCCUUUCUCAAAUGUACCCCUCUCCUGAGGUUGAACAACAUAGUGGUAAGGAUGACGAUUCCUCCAGUUCUGAGAAGGACUUGGCUGCUGAAGGGUUAUGCUCUCUAGGGAAAACUGUGUCUGAAAAAGGAAAAUUUGUGGCAUCUAAAACUGCCAAUGCUUCCCACUCUGAGAAGCAUGAUGAUGCAAAUGAUGUGAUUGAUCUAAAGGAUGGUAGCUCUGAUGAUCAAGAGGAAAGCUUACUUCAUCACCUAAAGCCAAGUGUGGCUAAACGCAUGAAGACUCGCAAAGGAAGAUCUGUGGCUGAACUUACGUCAGCUAGAAAAGCUAAGAAGACUAUUGGUAUUGGUCCCUCCAAACCAUGGAGCAAGGUUGAAGUAAAGAAGAGGAAGGUAAGAGAUGAUUUUGAGCCUGAAGAGGAUGUUGAGGAAGAUGUCCCUGACAUAUCGCCUGUGAAGAAAACCACUGUUAGGAAGUCUCCUAGUAAAGUCCCUGCUGUUCAUUUGGAUAACAUCUCCUUCCAUCUUGAGGAUGGAGUUGCGAAGUGA